AUGGAGGUGACAGAGAAUGACAGCAAUUCUGAGAACAUCUACAUUAACAUGGAGGAUGCUGAGAAGACUUCCAAUCAGAGUGAAAUCUACGACAACAUCGACCCGGACACAACAACCAAGAUUCCAGGUUUUGCAGGUGCUUGUGAAAGGAGAAAGGUGAACUUCAGUAAAAUGGCCGCAGUGGUUCUGGGGCUCCUGUGUGUUCUCCUGCUGGCUGUAAUCACUGGGCUCUGUACAAAACACAACAAAGUGCUGCAUCAGAUGCAGAGCAGUUAUGAGAACAUCAUUGUAGAGAGAGACAGGUUACAGAGCAGUAAUGAGAACAUCACUGUAGAGAGAGACAGGUUACAGAGCAGUUAUGAGAACAUCAUUGUAGAGAGAGACAGGUUACAGAGCAGUAAUGAGAACAUCACUGUAGAGAGAGACAGGUUACAGAGCAGGUAUAACACUCUGAAAUCUGAGAGGGAUGAAAUGCAGAAGAAGCUCACUGAAAUAGAUUCUUGUCCGUUUGGAUGGAUGGGGUACUUGUCCAGCUGUUACCACAUCUCCAAGGAAACAACCUGGGAGGAGAGCAGACAGGACUGCAGAAGGGAAGGAGCAGAUCUGGUGAUCAUCAACAGCAGAGAAGAACAGGUAUUUGUUUCUGAAUUUAAGAGGAACUUAUGGAUUGGACUGACUGAUCGUUACCAGGAAGGACAGUGGCAAUGGGUGGAUAACACGCCUCUCAAGUCUGGAUACUGGAAGAACAGAGAGCCGAAUAAUGGGAAUAUGUUUGGUGAGGAGGACUGUGCUGAGGUUGUAUAUCCAGUUUUCCCUGUCAUUCCAGCAGCAUCCAACUGGAACGAUAUUCCAUGCAGCCGUACUCUUCCUGGGCUCUGUGAAAAGAAGAUUUGGUGCAGCACUCAAUAA